AUGGCGAUUGAGCAAAACCAGACGGAUAGGGCCAAGAAGGUCCUCGUUGCCCUUGAACCCCUUAUCAGGGAACUUGGCUCUGAUGAAGUCUUAGCUACGACAGCUGACGAUUAUAAGCUGCAUUCUAUGACCUUCUCCGUGGAGAGGGAACUUCACCCGGCUGUUGUAUUUGUUCCUACCUCGACGCAAUCACUGGCAAAGAUGGUGAAUUUCCUGUAUGCCUCCGAGUUGGACUUCCACGUGCGAGGCCAAGGUUUCAAGUCCGCAUCUUCCAGUGAUGUCUUAAUCAGCCUUCUCAAGUUCAAAUCCUUUGAAUAUGAUCCCGUCAACAAGCUUGCCGUUGUUGGUGUUGGGGCGACGUGGGCUGAGGUCGCCCACAAGAUGCGCGAGGCUGAUCCGCACUUUGUCCUAAAUGGAGCGCGAACCCCAAGCGUUGGCGUCGGCGGAGCUAUACUCCAUGGCGGCUAUUCCUGGAUGGCCUCGGAGUUCGGGUGCAUAGCUGACCCUAUCAACUUUCUCGACGCAGAGGUGGUCAAAUAUGAUGGCCGUGUAGUUAAAGCAUCCGAAGAGCCCUCUCUAUUGUGGGCUCUUCGAGGAAGUGGUGGUGGUUUUGGCAUCAUGACGAAGGUCUUCCUCCGAGCCCACUACUACCCGACGAAGAUUUGGACUGGCAUGAUUUUGGUUCCUAAGGAGGAGUUGGUAGCCGUCGCUCAGCAAAUUGCUGAGUUCGUCUCAAAACCCCAGCACCCAAAGAUUAGCGUGAUGAUGUACUCGGUCCGAUAUCAGCUACUGCAUACAAUCCUGAAUGAGCAUGAUCUGAAGGCUGUGAACGGUGACAUGAUUGCAAUUCAUGUUUACGACGCCUGCGGUGAGCGCCACGGACGGGAAGCGUUUAGCUGGGCGCUCGAUAUUCCAGGAGCCAUCGAUCGGACCACGGUAGUCGACAUGAAGGGUGUGGUCGAUAUGCAGCAGAACGCGGCGUUCCUGAAAGGCACCAUGAAGAAUUUCCGCGCCGUACCAAUGAGUAUACCUGACGUGAGCGCCGAUCAUAUCAUCCGUGCGCUGAAAUGGCAAGAAAAGAUCAAAUCUGUCGACGAAGCGAUUCAUGACCGGACUAUGAUGAUCUUUGAGUUUUUUGUCCUGAGUCCACCAAUUGGUGGUCAAGCGGGGCUCGCCUGGCCUCGCCGGCUCGAUGACAAGCACUAUCUGCUAGUCCUCACAGGAAGCCCCGCAGAUGGAACGGCCGAACAGGAACAAAAGGCCCGUGAAGUUGCAAUCAAAACCCCUGAAGAAAUUUUCGGCGAAUCCAACCAGGACUACACCAUUCUGCCUGCAGGGCUCGACGAGCUCCAUGAUCCCAAGAAGGCGAGUAGCAUGUCUUCGAACGCCGUGCUUAUGAUUUCAACUAACAUUUCUUCUCACCCCUGCAGACGUACGGCAAGCAUUGGGACAAACUUGUCGAACUGA